GCGGCGCGGGGCGGACCCCGUCCAGGCUGGCCGCCGCCUUUGCCAACUCGCGCGCCCGCCCGGCUCAGUCCCUCCUCUCGCUGUCCUGCCACAUCUUCCUCUGCCUCCCAUUCGAGGGACCAUGUCGCGGCUCAGCUGGGGAUACGGCGAACACAACGGUCCUAUUCAUUGGAAUAAAUUUUUCCCGAUUGCUGAUGGGGAUCAGCAAUCUCCAAUUGAGAUUAAAACCAAAGAAGUGAAAUAUGACUCUUCCCUGCGACCUCUGAGUAUCAAGUAUGAUGCAAACUCAGCCAAAAUCAUCAGUAAUAGUGGCCAUUCCUUCAGCGUUGACUUCGAUGACACAGAAGACAAAUCAGUUCUGCGUGGGGGUCCUCUCACUGGAAACUACAGGCUGCGGCAGUUUCACCUGCAUUGGGGGUCUGCUGAUGAUCACGGCUCUGAACAUGUGGUGGAUGGAGUGAGAUACGCUGCAGAGCUCCAUGUUGUUCAUUGGAAUUCAGACAAAUAUCCCAGCUUUGUUGAGGCAGCUCAUGAGCCAGAUGGACUAGCUGUUUUGGGAGUAUUUUUACAGAUUGGUGAACACAAUUCUCAACUGCAAAAGAUUACUGACAUUUUGGAUUCCAUUAAAGAAAAGGGUAAACAAACUCGAUUCACGAAUUUUGACCCAUUAUCUCUGCUUCCUCCGUCCUGGGACUACUGGACAUACCCUGGUUCCCUUACGGUCCCACCUCUUCUUGAGAGUGUCACAUGGAUCGUUUUAAAACAACCUAUAAAUAUCAGCUCUCAACAGCUGGCCACGUUCCGCACUCUCCUCUGUACCUCGGAGGGCGAAGCAGCAGCUUUUCUGUUGAGCAAUCACCGUCCGCCACAGCCUCUGAAGGGCCGAAAAGUGAGAGCCUCUUUCCAUUAAAAGUUGUCACCAGUCGACCACCCCAAACAAGUCGGUGCAGAAAAAAACAAAACACAAAAAUCCCUAGUAACAGUUCUUUCCCAGGAUUCUGGUUUACAGGUACCAUAUGGCUGCUGUCAGCUUCAGUACCACAAAGAUCAGAUCUCUUUAAUCAAACUAAUAACUUAACUCAUCUGUCUCAGAUUUUCCC